GCGGCGGGAGCGGCGGGAGCGGAGCAUGGCAGCGCUGGCGGCCCCCUCCCCCGGCGGGGACGAGUGUCUGGAGGAGGACGAGGACGAGCUGGAGCCGGGACUGGACGAGGCGGAGGCCGAGCCGGAGGUCGGGAGCGGGGCCAAGGCGGCGGGGGGGCCCCGGGGGGCCGUUCUCACCCGUAGAGGCAUCACCCUGCGGGUCUUGCUCCGAGACGGGCUCCUGGAGCCGGGCAGAGGCGUCCUGUCCAUCUACUACCUGGGCAAGAAGUUCGUGGGGGACCUGGGCUCGGACGGGACGAUCACGUGGCAGGAGACGGGGCAAGUGUUCAACUCGCCGAGCGCCUGGGCCACGCACUGCAAGCGCCUGGUGAACCCCGCCAAGAAGUCGGGCUGCGGCUGGGCGUCCGUGCGCUACAAGGGCCAGAAGCUGGACCAGUACAAGGCUGCGUGGCUGCGCAAGCACCAGCCCAACGUGCCACCCCCCGAGGAGAGCUUGGCCAGCGAGGGCGAGGAGGAGGAGCUGCCCGAGGAGGAGGAGGAGGAGGCGACGAGGGAGGGUCGGGUGCCUGUGCCGGAGGCGGCGGCUCCCAAAAAGCCGGAGGAGAGGAGCAAGAAGCAGCAGGGCAAGAGCCUGGCGGAGCCGGCGGGGACGGGUGAGCCGCCGUGGAGGUCCCGGGGGUCCGGGCAGCCCGGCCGCGGUGACGGGACCUUGUCCUUGGCAGAUGUCGGCAGUGCAGGGAAAAGGCUGGAGAUGAAACCCCGGGUGCCCGUCCGCUACUGCACCCUGGGCACCCGCGACUCGGCCAGGAACCCCCAGACCCUGGUGGAGGUGACGUCCUUUGCCGCCAUCAACAAAUUCCAGCCUUUCAACGUGGCCAUCUCCAGCAACGUCCUCCUGCUCCUGGAUUUCCACAGCCACCUGACACGGAGCGAAGUGGUGGGGUACCUGGGGGGGCGGUGGGACACCAACACCCAGUUGCUGACGGUGCUCCGGGCCUUCCCGUGCCGGACGCGCCUGGGAGACGCCGAAGCCGCUGGCGCUGUGGAGGAGGAGAUCUGCCAGAGCCUGUUCCUGCGGGGGCUGUCGCUGGUGGGGUGGUACCACAGCCACCCCUUCGGGCCCGCGCUGCCCUCCCUGCACGACAUCGACGCGCAGAUGGAUUAUCAGCUCAAGCUGCAGGGCAGCGGCAACGGCUUCCAGCCCUGCCUGGGGCUCAUCUGCGGGCCCUUCUACCCCGGCAACCCCGGCGUGGAGUCCAAAAUCGCGCCCUUCUGGGUGAUGCCGCCGCCGGAGCAACGGCCCAACGACUACGGCAUCCCCAUGGAUGUGGAGGUGACCUAUAUCCAGGACGGGUUCCUCACCAAUGAUGUCGUGCAGGAGAUGACGCUGCUGGUGGAGUUCUAUAAGGGGGCCCCCGACCUGGUGAAGUUCCAGGAGCUGUGGAGUCAGGAUCAGACCUACCUGGACAAGCUGAAGGGCUCCCUGGCCUCCCGCACCCCCAAAGACCAGAGCUUCACCCACUUCCUGGAGCAGAUCUUCAGCCUCCUCAAGCUCAGCGGGUGAGGGCGCGGGGCCCCUCGACUCGGACCAGGUGCCUCCCGCAGCCCGGGCGGGCUCGGCAGCCCCGGGGCUCACCCGGACCCGGCGCGGGGCAGCUCCCGGAGCUCCCGAGGGCGCCGCGACCCCGCCGGCCCCGCCCUGCCCCGAGGGCGGCCGUGCUGGUGGGGCAGUCUCUGGGUCAGUGGUUUGUGGAAGUGGUAGUUUGAUUAAAGAGCAGUUCCUGA